AUGAACUAUCUCACAGACCCUGUGACGUCAGGCGACUCAACAGCAGAGUUCAUCCACAAGAACGUCUAUCCCAAGCAAGAAGUACAUAUGUCUGGGACGAAUAGUAACAUUGACAGACUGUCCAAUAUGGGUAGCUUACAGACAGGAGGAAGAAGCCAUACUAAAAAGAUUGACCAACAACGGGAUACAGAAAACACUACCACAGAUGGGCGCACAUCUAGUGCUGUGGUCGGCGGCAGUUGUGAAGGAGAUCUCAGACUACAAAGAAGACGAACUCACUUCAGCACGGAACAAAUGCAGGUACUGGAAUCGUACUUCGCGCGGUAUCGCUACCCCGACAUGGCAACGAGGGAAGAAAUAGCCAUAUAUCUAGGUCUAAUGGAGAAACAAAUUCGGGUCUGGUUCAAAAAUCGUCGUGCCAAGUGGAGGAAACGAGAUUGUAAAGUGGGUGAUUUCAAAGCCGGGUUUGGAGCGCCGUAUGGUCUUCUCCAAACAAGUAUUGACACCGAUAAUUUUUACAGCAGUUACCCGCAGUACAACGCUUUAAUGGCAGGAAAGAGUACCCGGUCCCUCACUCCACAAAGUUACGGAUUUUCGUUUGGCGCAACCAACUCACUUUCUUCCACCAAUCAGAAUUUUGGAUUCAGUCAUGCAUCCUCGUACGACGCUGCGGCUGCCGCCAGAAACAACUUGGCUGGGAAUUUCUACGGACAAAAUGGAUGCUUCACGCAUGCGCAAUCAUAUCACUUGCAGGGCCAGUUUCAAGUUCCUGGUAGUUAUUCGGAUUUGAAGGCUCCACAACCGUCAGCACAGUUUAUAAAUUCGUCACUUCCUUGCACAAGUACAGAAACAAAACUUUCAUCCUGUGCAUACGCGGUAUAA